UAAAACAUCUUUGAAAUUAUACAAUAGUAAUUAAUAUUUAUGUAAUUAAUUUAGUGGUAUUAAAGAUUCAUAAAAGAAAAUUUGUUAAUAAUUAACAAUCAAAUCAACCUAAAUAAUAACAAAAAUAUAAUUUAUAUGUUUGAUUCUUUUCCUUCAGAAGGAUAAAAAUUAGUUCCAAUAAAUACUCUCUCUGUUAUGGAGUGGAAUGGGCUCCACCCAUAAAAAUUUUCAGGAAGUAGAAGACAUAUUAGACCAUAGGAUUAAUUGAAUGGUUAUGAAGGUGCCCCAUUACCUUUAUUAGGAAGAAAACAUUUUGAAUCAAAAUUUUCAGCAGUCGGCGAAUAUAAACCCCAUAUAAAAGUAUUUCCAUAAGUUAGCAAUAAAACAACAGAUUUAAGAAGUUUAACUACUGGAGGACUAAAAAAAAUUCCUUACGUUCCUCCUCAGCGUAAAGCAAGACCAGAAAAACUACAUUUAUAUUCAAAAAAAUCAGGUCAUUUUGAAGAUAAAUUAAAUGGAAUUAAAACUUUUGAAAUAGCAAAUCAACGCACAAACAACUAAUAUGAAUUAGAAAAGCAACUUUAAACAAAAACAAGAGUUGAAGGUCUUCCCUAAAUGCGUAAUUAGCUUGAUGUAAGAAGUUUAGGUGAUAAAGCAUAUAGACACCCAGAAUAUGCAUCUGAUUUCUACAAGCAAGGAGGUUUGAUUCCUGGAGCAACAAUAUAAGAUAAAAGAUAAAAAGUAGUAAGUGAAAAGUAAUUGUAAAGUGCCAGAGUACCUGGAAAACUAACUUGGAAAGAAAGAGAAAAAAUUGAGGAAAUGAAUGAAGAUAAAAGGCAAGUUGAUGAAUUAGAUUUUUGGGAAUAAAAUAUUUUGAGAGAAGCCAACCCAAAUUGGAAAGACCCUGAAAAAUUCUUUGAAAAUGAAGAUAACUAAAAUGCAGCUUUAAAUUAAAAAGGAAAAGUAGAUAAUAAAAAGGCUCCUCCAGCAAAAAAAAAAUGAAGGAAAAAUAACAUACUCUAAAUUAAAAAGGAGUUCAAUCAUUAAAAAAUAUAAAUAUAAUUGGAUGCUGUUUUCAUUCAAAUUUAAAAUCAUUAGAAUAAAAUUUAAUAGAAAAAUUCUGUAAUAACAAGAAAUAAUUAAAUAUAAAUAAAUAUACAAAUAAAUUAAAUAUUGAUUUAUUACUAUUUUAAAGAGCAUUCUAUCUAUAUAUACACAUCUAGUCUCAAAAAUUAUAAAUUAUUUAGCUAGUUA